AUGUCGGCGUCCGCUGAAUACCAGGCUUCUGGAAUGGAGUCAGAACUGGACCGAACUGUUGGGGGUCCGCGCCGACGCAGACAUGAUGACGACGAUGAAGGUCCUGAUAACUCCGAGGAUGAUGACUUGGAAAGUACAAACAGUGGCCCUGCAGACAAUGCGAAAGUCCCUGGGGCUUUGGAGGAAGAAAAAGAGCUUGCCCCGCACGCAUGCGCGUACUGCGGCAUCCACAACCCUAGUAGCGUUGUGAAAUGUCUAGCUUGCAGCAAAUGGUUUUGCAGCGCCCGUGGCAACACCUCCUCGUCCCAUAUCGUUAACCACCUUGUCCGGGCUAGACAUAAGGAAGUCCAGUUACAUCCCGAAUCGUCCCUUGGUGAUACGGUUCUGGAAUGUUAUAACUGUGGCACCAAAAACGUUUUCCUCCUCGGGUUUAUCCCCGCUAAGUCCGACACUGUCGUCGUUCUGCUAUGUCGCCAACCUUGCGCCGCUAUGCCAUCUUCGAAGGAUAUGAAUUGGGAUACAUCGCGCUGGCAGCCUUUGAUCGAAGACCGCUCGUUCUUGACUUGGCUUGUGGCCGCUCCGUCGGAUCAGGAGCAACUCCGAGCUCGUCAUUUGAGCCCACAGAUGAUUGCCAAGCUCGAGGAAAUGUGGAAAGAAAACUCACAAGCUACGGUCGCCGAUUUAGAGAAGGCUACCGCCGUUGACGAUGAACCUGCACCAGUCCUCCUGCGCUACGACGAUGCAUUCCAGUACCAAAACAUUUUCGGCCCACUCGUUAAGAUUGAGGCAGACUACGACCGCAAGUUGAAGGAAUCGCAGUCACAGGAUGGAUUGAUUGUCCGCUGGGAUCUUGGUCUCAACAACAAGCAUUUAGCUAGCUUUAUACUGCCGAAACUCGAGCUCGGAGAUGUAAAGCUGGCCGUUGGAGAUGAGAUGAGGUUGAAGUACACCGGCGAACUGCGACCCAAAUGGGAAGGGGUCGGAUACGUUAUCAAAAUCCCUAACAAUCAGUCUGACGAGGUUACUAUUGAGUUGCGAGCCAAGGGUGACCACAAAUCAGUGCCCACGGAAUGCACGCAUAACUUUACUGCCGAUUAUGUCUGGAAAUCGACCUCUUUCGAUCGUAUGCAACUUGCAAUGAAGACUUUCGCUGUUGAUGAGAUGAGUGUGUCGGGCUAUAUCUUCCAUCGUCUCCUAGGCCACGAGGUGGCAGCUGCGCCAAUGAAGACGCAGAUGCCGAAAAAGUUUAGCGUUCCUGGACUUCCUGAGCUCAACGGCAGCCAGAUAAAUGCAGUCAAGAGUGUCCUUCAACGGCCCUUGAGUCUGAUUCAGGGACCUCCUGGAACUGGUAAAACUGUCACAUCCGCGACAAUCAUUUAUCACCUUGCCAAGCUCAAUGGUGGCCAGGUUCUUGUAUGUGCACCCUCCAACGUCGCCGUUGAUCAACUUUGCGAACGCAUUCAUCGAACUGGGCUCAAGACUGUCCGUGUGACCGCGAAGUCACGCGAGGAUGUGGAAUCCCCAGUCGGCUUCUUGUCUCUGCAUGAACAAGUCCGUCUCAAUGACACCAACAUUGAGCUCAUUAAACUCAACCAGCUCAAGGGCGAACUUGGGGAGUUAUCGAGUCAAGAUGAGAAGCGCCUGAAGCAACUUACCAGGUCCGCUGAGCGCGAGAUCCUGAACAAUGCCGACGUAAUUUGCUGCACAUGUGUUGGUGCGGGCGAUCCUCGUCUCGGAAAACUCAAAUUCCGUACUGUGUUGAUCGACGAGUCAACACAAUCUGCAGAACCUGAAUGUAUGAUCCCGUUGGUGCUAGGAUGCAAGCAGGUUGUCCUUGUUGGCGAUCAUCAACAACUUGGCCCCGUCAUCAUGAACAAGAAAGCGGCUAAGGCUGGUCUUAACCAGUCCCUCUUUGAGCGACUUGUUAUUUUGGGAUGCUCGCCAAUCCGCUUGAAUGUCCAAUACCGUAUGCACCCAUGUUUGUCUGAAUUUCCCUCCAACAUGUUUUAUGAGGGAUCCUUGCAGAACGGCAUCACUUCUUUUGAUCGUCUUCGUCGAGAAGUUGAUUUUCCAUGGCCUAUUAUGGACAACCCAAUGAUGUUCUGGUCGAACCUCGGAAAUGAGGAAAUCUCAGCUUCGGGGACGUCAUAUCUCAAUCGUACCGAAGCCACGAAUGUGGAAAAGAUUGUUACUCGUUUUUUCAAGGCCGGUGUGCACCCAAAGGAUAUCGGUAUCAUCACUCCAUAUGAAGGUCAGCGCAGCUAUAUCGUUAGCUCCAUGCAGGCAACUGGAACCUUCAAGAAAGAGCACUACAAGGAAAUUGAGGUUGCUUCGGUGGAUGCUUUCCAGGGCCGUGAGAAAGACUUCAUCAUUCUGUCCUGCGUACGCUCCAACGACCAUCAAGGAAUUGGCUUCCUGAGUGACCCUCGGCGUCUGAACGUUGCACUUACCAGAGCUAAAUAUGGUCUGGUGAUUCUAGGAAACCCGAAGGUUUUGUCUAAGCAUCCUCUUUGGAAUUGUCUCCUACAGCAUUUCAAGGAACGGCACUGUCUUGUAGAAGGCCCGUUGUCUAACCUCCAGGAGUCCCUAAUCCAAUUUAGCCGUCCAAAGCAGGCGUACCGUGGACCUCAGCGAUUCCAGAUGGCCUACAACCACGUGUCCAAUGUUACCAGUGGAUAUAUGAAUGGGCGGAACGGUCAACGCAACGAUUUCCACGAUACAGGCUCGGUUGUGGGUUACAUACCGGAUGAUGUUUCUUCUGUCCACUCCUCUGCACUUGGUGGCGGCGUGGGAAUUCCUUCUGGAUAUCCUCCCAUGUUCCAACAAUUUGCAGACUCGUGGCCAACUCUCCCUGGAGCUCGUCGCGCCAAUGGGAACAGAGGGAGGGGUGCGCCCAGCGUCGCUGGAGAAUCCGUAGCAGCAACGGAAUCCGAUAUUACCGGAAGCAUUAUCGAUGGCAAGGGCCCUGAGCAUGGUGGUGUUAGUCUUGCUGGAUUGAGCAUCAACGAUAUGAGCAAGCAGCCUAGUCUUAGUCAGUCUGACCGGCUGAAGCGUUACGUGGAAUCUGGAGCACGUGAGCCCUACAAGCCCGGUGUUCCCGAUAAUGGUAGCAUUUUCGGAGGCAGCUCUGCUAGCAUUCGUGUCACUCGCGGAGUACCUGGCCAUAUCCAUGAUGACGAUGAUGCACGAAGCGUCUCUACAGCUUUUGCCAGCCAGGUUGGGGGCAAUUAUGAUUGA